AAUCACGCAUACUACACAAGGUUGGUUGUGAUGCAGUGCAUGUGAUUUUUGAUGUCCUGUCAAAAGUCCCCGUCCCCGAUCUGCACACCGUAACCGUACGGAAGAAUGAAAUAACUUAAAGGUCAUCAUGCAGUUCCUGGGUCGUAUAUUGGACACAGUGAGCUCCGUGUCGACCCUCUUCUCCAACCCGUACCGUGUGAGGGACGUGCAGCUGUCGGAGUAUAAUGGGAAAGUGCUGCUGAAGCAGGAGGGGAGGUUGGCCCUGUACAGGAACCAAAAGAGCCAGUCAUGGGACUGCCUUCUACUCUGUCCCGAGUCCCCAUCCAUGGCUCUGAGGAUGUUCCAGGUAGCUUCAGAAGGAGACGCCAUGAAUUGGUUUCCUCAAUAUGCCCUCAAACUCCGCCCAUUUUAUGAGAUGCUCCACCCACCACUUAAACCCGAGAUGCUCCAGCCAAUCGUAGAUUGUUUGCGGAAUCACCCAGACUGGAGCUCUGCUCACAUCGCUGUGGAAAUUGGACUGAGAGACUGUCUGAAACAUAAUUAUAUUUUGAGCCAGAUGAAUGCCCGUAACAAUCAGGGACAGACUCCUCUGCACCUGGCUUGUGAGAGGGGAGAUGUGGGCUGUGUGCGUGAACUGCUGGAGGAAUGCCAGGCGUGCACAGACGUCAAAGACAAAAAUGGAGAGACGCCCAUGCACUGCGCCGCUAAACAAGACUCUACCUUGAUUAUAGAGGCUUUGUGCGCUCAGCUCUGUGCGGGUGUGAACGAGCUGAAUGCCGCUGGGGAAACGCCUCUACACAUAGCAUGCCGUCUUGGCAGGGUGGAGGCGAUCAAGGGCCUGCUAAUGGGCGGAGCCCGUUGUGACAUCAUGGGAAGUAAUGGCUAUCCAAUCCACACUGCCAUGAAGUUUAGUGAGAAGAGUUGUGCUGAAGUAAUUUUAUCCAUUAACCCGAACCAACUUCUGGCAGAGGAUCCUCUCUAUGGUGGAACGCCUCUUCACUGGGCCAAGACUGCAGAGAUGAGUCGUCUACUGCUGGACCGAGGGUGUAACUUGAACUACCUAAGUAAGACGGGAGAGAGUCCGUUACACAUCCUGACCAAGAGAGGGCGCUUUGAGGCCGCAAUGACACUGCUGACACAUGGAGCCGACCCCAACAUCAAGGGCCAGGAUGGAAACACAGCCCUGCACCUCGCCAUGAAGUUGGACCACAUGGAUCUGAUCAAAGCUCUCAUGGUGUUUGGAGCAGAUGUGGAGAUUCACAAUGACCUGGGAGAGACACCUGGACUCAUCGCUGCCCGUACCAGCAAGGGGCCCAACCGUAAGGUGCUCUUGAACAUGCUGUGUAGUGUAGGGGCCGAACGGUGUCAUCCACCCUACUUUGACACCCCCUCCCCCAGUGUCAACAAAGCUCCGCCUCAUGGCAUAGGGUUUGAUGACAUCAUGUAUGUGACGGCAGCUGUUACGGCAAUGAGUCGGAGAUUUGCAGAGGUGGAUGGACUCAAAACAGGAAGCGGGAAAAUAGACAAAUUGUUGUGUCUGGAUGGUGGAGGAAUAAAGGGCUUGGUUCUGAUCCAGAUGUUGAUCGCUCUGGAGAAAGAGGCAAGACGGCCCAUCAGGGAACUCUUUGACUGGGUGUCUGGAACCAGCACUGGUGGCAUACUGACCUUAGCCAUUGUACACGGUAAAUCGAUGGAGUAUCUGCGCUGCCUGUACUUCAGGAUGAAGGAAGAGGUGUUUAAAGGUUCUCGGCCGUAUGAGUCCGGCCCUCUGGAAGAAUUUCUAAAGAAUGAAUUUGGAGAAAAUACCAAGAUGAUGGACGUCACACACCCCAGGGUGAUGGUGACCAGCGUUCUCGCUGACAGACACCCUGGAGAAUUGCAUCUGUUUCGUAAUUACAACCCGCCAGCCCUGCAGAGAGACCCUCCAUAUAGGUCUACGGCCACAUUUCAACCCCUUACUGUGCCGCAGGAGCAAUUAGUUUGGCGUGCCGCCCGUUCCAGUGGAGCCGCUCCCACGUAUUUUCGGCCAAUGGGACGCUUUCUGGAUGGAGGGCUGCUGGCCAAUAACCCGACGCUUGAUGCCAUGACAGAAAUACACCAGUUCAACAAAGACCUGAAGGCACAGGGUCGUGAGGCAGAAGUGUGCAGGUUGGGUGUGGUUGUCUCACUGGGUACCGGUAAACCCCCUCAGGUAGCGGUGAAAUCUGUUGACGUUUUUAGACCUUCAAACCCUCUGGAGCUGGCCAAGACCUUCGUUGGCGUCAGAGAACUGGGCAAGAUGCUCGUGGACUGUUGCACAGACUCAGAUGGCUGUGCAGUGGACCGAGCUCGUGCGUGGUGUGAGAUGGCCGAUAUAAACUAUCACAGGUUGAGUCCUCAGCUGUCUCAGGAGGUGAUGUUGGAUGAGGUCAGUGAUGCUGUGUUAGUUGACAUGCUGUGGGAGACUCAGAUGUACCUGUACGAGUACAGAGACAUCAUACAGACCCUCUGCCAGCAGCUGCUGCAGCUCUGACAACAGAACAAACAUUGAAAGAGAUGAAUGGAAGCUUGGCUUGCUUAAUAUGCAUAACUAAUUUAUAUUAAUAUAAAUAAUGGGUUCAUUUACAGUGGUGUAUAUAUUUUAUAAGUCAUUGUUUAUGAUAGAUUUAACCUAUUUAAGGAAAAAAUAUAUUUAUUAAAAAAUAUCUACAGAUUGUAUCAUAUACAACAAAUAGGACCAAGUUCAGAGUGUCAUUGUAUGGAAACUACUACUGUGAUCAUAUAUUUGAAGCAAGAUGCACCACUGUGGAGAUAUUUUUAUAUUACCUAGUAUAUUUAUGGAUGCUAAUAUACUCAGUUAUGUUUGCAAUUGCAUUACUUUGUAAUUGCACUGUUAAAGGUGACCUAGUGGAAAGUGCUUAUUAGGUGCUUUAAACAGGUAUUUUACUCAUGCACACCUCACUGUUACAUUUAACAGUUAUCUAACAUAUAACAUUCCUUUUGAUCAUGUUACACAUUUAUAGAGUAACUAAUAGAAACUGGAGUUUGUUUUCCUGGAAAUAUCUAGUACAUGCAGUGUGAAGUGUCUUAAAGUCAAACAGGAUCAACAAAAAACGCAAAUGUGAUUUUAAGGAUUUAUCAUACCGCAGGUGAAAUGCAGCAUUUUUUACAUUAGGAAAUUAUCUUUAUUGUGACAUUUCUUUGUUCAUUGUCUUGUAUGUCGUUUGCUCUUUGAAGGAAAAGCCUUGCUUUGCAUUGAAAUUUUGUGUUACAAUCUGUGAAGACGAGAGAUGUUACUGGUAGAAGAUAUUGAGAUUUUUAACAAUGAAGACAUUUUAAGUAUAAACUGAAUACCUCCUGCAAAUUUUCAUGUGCCUUGUUAUAUUGAUAAUAUUGUUUGUCUACCAUUACUGAAUUUGUUAUUAUGAGUUGAUAACUUGACAUUGGACCUUCAAAUCGGUUGUUUAGAGACCAAAGUGACCAUUAAUAUGCUUCAUACCCAUAACUUGCUGCUAUGGCACUGAUUUGAAACAUUUAUAGACAUGAAGUGAUUAUAAACCUUGAAAGAAAAUAAAAAUGAUAAUUAUUCUUA